GGAUCUUAGAUAUCCUAUGUCGUCAACGUAGUACGGAGCUUUGUUUUCCUGAAAAAGACUAAACACGGGGGGAAAAUGGAGACUAAAUAUUACAAGUUGAGUGAAUUUAACAUUUAGGUUUGUUUCAUUGCUAUUAGCUUCCAACGAUAUAUUAUGUAGGAAAAAUAUGUUUAUUUAUGUGAGGGGGGGACCGCACAACGAGCUAGCUAGCCAGUUUGCUGCUCCGUGAAGCUAUCUUGAUUGGAGCGGAAGGAAUUCCAGGCUCUGGGAAGAAGGGACACUCUUUCUUGGAAUGCUUCGUGCAAGUUGGAAAACGUGGUUUUAUUAAGUUUGUUGUUUUAGUCAUGGUGAGAUAAAUAUCCAAUAUGCGUUUGUAGACCGAUGUGGGACAACUGGGAUACUUUUAUGUCUUAACUGUGAGCGUGCUCGUUGAAGCUUUAGCUAGCCACGUAGCUACCUCUGUCUGUCGGAGGACAUUUAAAAUGGCGGAAGGUUGGCCCAUUCCUCGAGCUUUUGUCGUCAUGAUGCUCUGUGUGGGUGCCUGGGCUGGAUAUUCUUCCUGUCCUGCUCCGUGUUCUUGUUCGAAAAGACAAGAUGAUCUAGAGAUUGUGGAUUGCAACAGGAAAAAGCUGUUGGUCCCUCCGCAAGACCUCCCAGAAAGAACAACUCAUGUCACCAUGAAUCAUAACGAGCUGACUGUUUUCCCCUUUCUUGGAGAAGGGUCUUCCAACAUAACCUCACUGUCAUUAGUCCACAAUAAAAUCAUGGAGGUGUCGAUGUAUCUGCUGCAACCAUAUGUCUCCCUUGAGUCACUGGACCUGACCUCCAACUCCAUAUCUGAACUCACAGUCGGGUCUUUCCCAUCCAUCCAGCUGAAAUAUCUAAAUCUAACAAACAACAAGAUUAGUGUCCUUGAGCCUGGCUGCUUUGAAAACAUCUCCAGCUCCCUGCUAGUGCUGAGGCUGAACAGAAACCGAAUAGCUGUGCUUCCCUCCAAAGUGUUCAGACUUCCACAGCUUCAAGUUCUUGAAAUGAAACGCAACAGGAUCAAGUUUGUGGACAGCCUCACAUUUAAGGGAAUGGACUCACUGAGGUCACUGAAAAUGCAGAGAAAUGGUAUCUCAAAGCUAAUGGACGGGGCUUUUUUUGGUCUGACCAACAUUGAAGAAUUGGAGUUGGAGCACAACAACCUGACUGAGAUUGACAAAGGUUGGCUUUACGGUCUCCGCAUGCUUCGUGUCUUGCAAAUCAGCCACAAUGCUGUAGGAGUUAUCCGACCAGAUGCCUGGGAAUUCUGCCAGAAGCUGGAGCUACUAGAUUUGUCUUCCAAUCACCUGACUAGACUGGAGGAAACAGCUUUCAUAGGAUUGGGUCUCCUGGAGAACCUGUACCUGGGAGAAAAUGCCAUCAGUCAUUUGGGAGAAGGGGUGUUCAGUGGUCUGACAAAUCUACGUACUUUAGAUAUCCACAACAAUGAGAUUUCCUGGGCCAUUGAAGACUCCAUUGGUCUAUUUGAUGGAAUGAAGAAGCUAAGCAAUCUAAUUUUACAACAAAACAAAAUCAAAUCCAUCACAGAGAAAGCUUUUGAAGGCCUGAAGGAGCUGGAGUAUCUGGACCUGAGCAAAAACGACAUAAUGUCCUUACACCCUCAAGCCUUCUCCCAACUGAAGCUUAAAGGAUUUGUCCUGAACACAAGCAGCCUGCUGUGUGACUGUCACAUGCAGUGGCUUGGGCCAUGGUUGUCAGAGAGCCCGUUUCUACAGAGUGUUUCCGCUGUCUGUGCCCAUCCUGCAGAUCUGUUUGGUCGCAAAGUUCUGUCCAUCAGCCCGGAGGAGUUCGUUUGUGAGGAUUUUCCAAAACCUCAAAUCAAAACUCACCCUGAAACAUCUGUGGUUUUGCGUGGGAGCAAUGUGACGCUGAGGUGCGUCGCAUCCAGCAGCAGCGACUCACCAAUGACCACUGCAUGGAGGAAGGACGGGGAGGUGCUGUAUGAUGCAGAAGUGCAGAAUUAUGCUCGUUAUCAGGAAGGAGAGCUCAUCUACACCACCGUCCUUCACCUCCUCAAUGUCAACUUUACUGACGAGGGCCGUUACCAGUGUGUGGUUUCCAACCACUUUGGCUCCAACUAUUCCAACAGGGCAAAGCUUACAGUCAAUGAGAUGCCCUCGUUUCUUAAGACUCCCAUGGAUCUUACGAUCCGCACCGGGACGAUGGCCAGGCUGGAGUGCGCAGCAGAAGGUCAUCCGUCACCGCAGAUUGCUUGGCAGAAGGAUGGAGGCACGGAUUUCCCUGCAGCUCGGGAGCGCCGCAUGCACGUGAUGCCAGAUGAUGACAUCUUCUUUAUUGCUAAUGUUAAAACCGAAGACAUGGGAGUCUACAGCUGCACCGCCCAAAAUGCAGCCGGCAGCCUUUCGACGAACGCUACGCUUACUGUCUUGGAAACUCCUUCCUUUGUUCGGCCACUGGAAGACAGGACGGUGGCCCGCGGCGAAACCGCCGUACUUCAGUGUAUAGCCGGGGGAAGCCCAACGCCACGCCUCAACUGGACCAAAGACGACGGCCCUCUGGUGCUCACUGAGCGACACUUCUUUGCUGCUGCCAAUCAGCUUCUGAUUAUAGUUGACGCCGGUCCAGCUGAUGCGGGGAAAUACACAUGCAUCAUGUCUAACACGCUGGGAACCGAGCGCGGCCACAUCUACCUGAGUGUCUUACCGUCAGCAAACUGUGAAACUGGAGCAGGUUAUGACCCGGACGGCUGGACCACCGUGGGCAUCGUGGUGAUUGUGGUGGUGUGCUGUGUUGUUGGAACUUCUCUGGUCUGGGUCAUAGUCAUUUAUCACAUGCGCAGGAAGACUGAGGACUACAGCAUCACCAACACCGAUGAGAUGAAUUUGCCAGCAGAUAUUCCCAGUUAUCUGUCCUCUCAGGGAACCUUGUCAGAGCAUCAGGAGGGUUACAGUAGCUCUGAGGCAGGAAGCCACCAGCAGCUCAUGCCCCCCCUCUCUAAUGGCUACAUUCAUAAAGGCACUGAUGGUGUGUGUUAUGGCGACAUGAGCAGUGAGGUGGAAACUGAAGGAAACGGCGUGCUGCACUGCAGGGUGGGAUCUCUGUUCUCAGGCCGCAGCAGCUUCCAUCCUGGGGAGGCUCAUGAGGGUCUAGCUGGAAUCCCCGCAGGCGGUCCAGGUUCCUUGGUCAUCUGCUCCGACUGCUACGACAAUGCCAACAUUUACACUCGUACACGGGAGUACUGCCCUUAUGCUUAUGUGGGGGAGGAUGAUCCUCUGGGCAGGGCUACACCGGGCUUAAAAGAAAGCCUCAAUGAGCAUGCCCAGCAGGAAGACGCCACGCUGGAGGGCCUCAUCAGCAACCACGACUCCUCAGUCUUUCUUGGCCCAAAUGACAAAGUGCUGGGCGGUCACACUCCAUCGCACCACUACAUUAAUGAUUACCUUUGUAGAUCUUUCUGGACAGAAGAAGAACUUCCAUCGACAAAACUCCAACCCGGGGAGUCUUCUCUCUCUGUGACUGUUCACAGGACACAUUCUGUGACUUCUGCUGCCGACUGUACAGCGGAACAGACUGAAGCCACGGCUAGCCAUUUCCCAAGUCCUUGCACCCAGGACCACAGAAGUGCCUCAAACAGGACUAACUCUGACAGGCAUCAGACUCAAACAUAGGUCAUUUACCCUCUUGCCACAUUCUUUCUCUGAAUUGUUGCUGCAACCCUUUGUCCUGACCCCAUCUUGACCCCUCACCCACUACCUCCAAACAGACUCCUUACAUUCUGCCAAAGAUGCUGUCUUGUAUGUUUACAUGCCCGCUGCACUCAAGAUGGCCUGCUAACAUCCUCCACUGUGUAAAGACCGCUGCAUUAAGUUGGAUAAAUAGAAAAGUGAUUGAAAUGACCUUGUUGGGAAAGGAGGAGGUGCACGGAUGCUUUCAGUAACCACGGCCAAUGCUGCCAAGCGAGAACUCCAAGUCGCGGUAGCAUCUUCACAAGCCCGGUCCUUAACGACUGUUGCUAUGGGACACUUUCCUCAUGGUACAGAACUUUUUCGAGGCAGCCCUCGUGACUCUAGGAGAAGCAACUCUUGCUAAGUAGAAAACUUGGAUCAAACUUUGGAUGUAGCACCCUGACCAGCAGUUCCUGAUUGAUGAUAUCAGAAAAAACAACCCGGAAGAGCAUUUCUACAGCCAUUCUGAAUGACUUGUAUGCAAAUAUGGUGUGUAAAUCAGUAUAUAUGACUAUAUCCUAUAUUAGCUUCAUCCAUUCUUAGUUUUGUUCCAUAUAAAGUGAAGUUGUUGAUUCCAUAAUGUUAUAUGUUUAGAAUAAUGAACAGUUACCAAGUCUAUAUUUUCUUUGCACAUGGGACAAUCCGUUUUGCUACCUUUGCCUUACAGGUGGAUGGCCUUAAGGAUUUCUCAGUAACCAUGGGGAGAGCUGGUUGAUGUUUUGUUUUUCUUUACGGUAUGCACUGAUUGUUUAAGUUUGGCCUCUUAGUGAUGUGUUACAGGCACUUGAUGGUGGCAAACACGCAGUUUACAUGGAUUACAUCAUAGGGAUCUAUUGUCCACUUUUUUGCUCAAAGCAUUUAAAUGAUCCAUCCAUUCAUAUUGAGUGUGCCUUGGUUUUCUGCUCUGGACUGUGAAAAAAAGAAUGUAUUGUAAUAUUUUAUAUAUGUAGGUAUUUGUACAUAAUGAUCUCUAUUGAGUUCCAUACUCCUGUACAUUUUCAGAGAAGUUAGAAUUUAAAAAAAAAAGCCUUUUUUUUUUUUUUUAACGUAAGUUGACAUCGUCCCUGCAUCAUCAUCACAUGUAUGUGUUUAUAUCAGUAUAAACACUGAUAUGAUCAGGUGGUGCUUUCUCUAAAAUGGAAAAGUGUCAGCAGGCGGUUGAUGUGCUUCAGUCUAGAAAUGGAAAUGUUUCUCCUGUAAAUGAAUGUAGAUUUCACAAUCGUCCUGGAGAAUCCUCUUGUUGCACUUCACGGUUACAGAUGUGACUAACCUUACAUGCAGUUUCAAAAACGGCUUCCUGAUCCUUCUGUAGGUGUAAAUGCAGCAUUGAAAUGCCACCGUGUGAUGUAGCGGCACCUGAGCUUUUCAUUUUUGUGAUCAACUUUAUGAAUAGUUGUAUAGAAUCACCUUGGACCAUUCCUUCCUCAGUGGUACUCAGACAUGCUCUGUAUUUUUCGAGUCUUCUCUCCUAUGUUUGGUUGAAUUUAUACUUGGACCACAAAAUGUGUGCAACACAUUCUAAGCUUGAUUUUUGUUUUUUUUAAAUCACUGCAGUUUUAUUUUCCAUUUGAAGACCAAAAAAUCUCCGAUCAAUGCUCUUUCCAUUACAGUUUUAUCUUCUUUAUUGCUGGCCAAAGUCAGUGCAAUGCCUUCCAUCGAGUGAUGAGAAAAAUGUUAAAGCCUUGUGAAGUCAUCCUAACUGGAGCUGGAUGUCGCAUCAAUUCAGCCUGCAGUAUUUUUCAGCAACACAGCCUAAAGUCAUCCUAUGCAUUUGUUUGAUCCUCCUAUGACUAUACCAAAGUUUAGCAGUUGUUACAAUGUUAAUAUUUAGUGCUGCAUUUUUUUUGUUAUACUUUAAAUUGUACAUUCUGUAAAGCAUGUCUAAGAAUCCUUUUGUUACACCACCUUUACUCAAAUAUUAAAUAUGACUUCUCGUA